CUGCGGAUGACCAAACAUUACCUGCCUCACCUAGCCCGCCUGUGUCUAAUAAGCACCUUUCUGGAGGACGGGAUUCGCAUGUGGUUUCAGUGGAAUGAACAGCGGGAUUAUAUCGAGGCAACCUGGAAUUGUGGCUAUUUCCUAGCUACCUGCUUUGUACUGACCAAUCUCUUGGGGCAGUUAGGUGGAUGCAUCCUGAUAUUAAAGAAUUUUGUACAAUAUGCCUGCUUUGGACUGUUUGGAAUUAUAGGAUUGCAGACUGUCGCCUACAGUAUUUUAUGGGAUUUGAAGUUCCUGAUGAGGAACCUUGCCCUUGGAGGUGGCUUGCUGCUGCUGUUGGCUGAGUCCAGGUCAGAAGGUAAAAGCAUGUUUGCUGGUGUUCCAACAAUCAGCGAGAGCUCACCGAAACAGUACAUGCAGCUGGGGGGUCGCGUUCUGCUCAUCCUGAUGUUCAUGACCUUGCUGCAUUUUAAUGCCAGCUUCUUCUCGAUUAUCCAGAAUGUGGUGGGAACAGGUUUGAUUGUCUUGGUGGCGAUCGGCUUCAAAACUAAGCUGGCGGCGCUGACCCUGGUCAUCUGGCUCUUCAGUCUCAACCUCUACUUCAACGCCUUCUGGACAAUCCCGGCCUACAAACCCAUGCACGACUUCCUGAAAUACGACUUCUUCCAGAGCAUGUCUGUGAUUGGGGGGUUGCUGCUUGUGGUUGCCCUUGGCCCUGGUGGCGUUUCAAUGGACGAGAAGAAGAAAGAGUGGUGAUUGGUGUAACAUCGCCAAAACUGCAGCCCCUCCCCCCACCAUCCUCCCUUCUCCCUCGCCCCACCAUCCUCCUCCCUCCCUCUCCCCUGCCUUCCCUCCCCCAUCCAUCCCCACUGUUUUGUACAGUUUAAGUACAUUUAGUGAUUUCAAUGCAUUCGCAUAUUCAGGGCAUGUAUUGCUCCACCUGCUCAUAUUGGUAACCUCACAAAUACAGCCUUAUUUUUGGGUUUCAGAUAUAAAAGAAAACAGUACCUUUAAAAUGUCCCAACAGAAAAAUACUUAUGGUUCAGACUUUAAACAAUGGCUGUGUAUGAAACAAUCGAGGCCCACCCUUUUUUUAAACAAAGUCCCAAUUCAGGCUCCUGCUACUGUGCAGAGUUCCCUGUCUUUGCAUAUUCUCAUCCCGAGAAGAAUUAAGGGAAAGAGUUGGAAUAUACGCCCACCCUUGAGAAACUUACUUAAUUACACUUCACUACAAAUGGCACUGUUCUCUGAUAGGCUUGGAAUAAACAGCUCUAAAAGAACACUAAGCUGUGCCAAAAUGAGGUACCCCUGUUGUUUCAACCCUCCCUAGGUCUGCCUGUCCAAACUAAUAGCUGAGGCUUGGGAGGUCCAAUUUCAAGUUGAUGCAGUGUUGCUCCCUCCUCCGCUGAGAUUGCAGUUCCAUACUCGAUGCUAACCAAAGCUCCUCAUCUCCCUCAAGAAGAGGCAGAGAGCAGGGUCAUGGGACAGGCAUUCACAAAGGCUGUUCCUAAGCCGCAGCCCCUCUUGGGAAAGGAUUGAAAGUGGGUAAUGCAAGCUGUCCAUGUAGUUAGUGUGCAAAGCAGGCCAGGAAACUCAGGAUGGAUUAAAGUUCCAUUUCCCUGUUAUUUAUGGAGAUAAAUGAUGGAGUUGAGGGAUUAGAUUGUUACAAGGGCUAAGGAGGGGAAACUUGACCAGAAUUCAGUUGUUACCCAAUGGUCCACGCCUGAAAGCACAUACCCAAGUGUGUGCAUAUUGAAUUGGGCUUGACUGAUACCCUGCUCCUAUUUCCCAUAUUUAAAUCUCCAGUCAUCAUGCUCCAGGCACAAAGGAUGCCCAUUGGUUAGGGUAGCUGAUGGUGAUCGUAUUGCAGCCAGAGAUGGCCCCUUCAGGACAGGGGUAAUGCCGAAUUUCACUGCCAUUACCAAAAAAAGGUGUUAAAGGUGCGGGGUGCAUCUUGAGAAUGAAUGCCUGCUACCUUUCUAAGUGAAGUUUGCUGUGGGAUCCUUAUCAUGUUAAUGAUGGAAUUGGUAUUAUCCCACUCUAUCACUGAGUAUUCCUGUAUUAAGAUGAAUCUUGCCAGGCUGUGCACAUCCUAAUUCCCAAAGAAUUUUUCUCAGCUAGUCUCUGAGGUAUCUAUUUUUAACAGCAUUUGCACCAUUUAUCUUUCCCUUGAUGUUGUGUCUUGGUAUUUUGCUAGUGUUUAGUAACCUGGCCUGCAGAGCAGCAAAAAUGGAUGGCGACUCAUGAGCGGCUCCUGUAAAAGUGUUUCUGUUUUAAACAAAAAUACUUCAUAAAUAUUAAUUUUUGACAGUUGUCCCAGGCUCUGCUCCUGAGUUAGUACUCCUGGUCCUGAUCAUACUCUAGUGAUUUUUGCAAGGAAGUGUGUGGGGAACAUGAGGGAAUGGGAUGGUCAGGCAUGCCUGUGAUGCCCCCUGCAGUCAGUAGUUGGCCAACGCUCAUUGUUCAGAUUUUCAGGGGAAAACUGGACAGCCAGCACCUAAAGGAACUGGAAAUUCCCAAUAGUCAACUUCAGGAGACAAGGGACAGGGAAAAAAUUAUUUAUAUAAAUACAGCAAUAAAGAUGGACUCUUAUUCUUAAGACACUCAGUGCAAUAACUGUGUCAGUAUUAGUUGAUGUGCCUGAUUUGGGGAGGAGUACCUACUUUCAGCUGGGAAGAUGUUUACGCAGCUGUUUUUUUAAUUUUCACACGUGGAACACAAGUUCAUUCAAGUGAGGCUGAGCUUGUCGUCGCUGUCGUGCGCACAGCUACAGACCCUGGGUAACUGUUACUGCAAGAUGUCAGGAACCUUUGUUCCCUUCGGAAAAUUGUGGUGUUGAGAUUGUUAAAAUAAAAGCUGUGAAUUCC